AUGACUUCUACUACUUCUGAAAAUACUAUCAAUGCAUUACGAUAUCUAUUCUCCUCAUAUGGAUUACCUGUGGAAAUUGUUUCGGACAAUGGACCGCAAUUUGUGUCAGAAGAUUUUGAGAUAUUUCUAAAGGAGAAUGGAGUACGUCACAUCAAGUCUGCACCAUAUCACCCUGCGUCCAAUGGAGAAGCGGAAAGAGCAGUGCGUACCUUUAAGCAGGCAAUGAAAAACAUGGCAAGUGAGACCGGAACUCUGAAUCAGAAACUUGCAGCAUUUUUAUUGUCAUAUCGCACGACACCUCAUACAACUACCAAAACAACACCUGGAGAGUUAUUUCUCAACCGCAAACUACGUACACGACUGGAUGUUGUGAAACCUCACAUGACAGAUCGUAUACAGCGGAAGUCAUUGCCAGCUGAGAAGAAGGUGUGGGAACAUCAGAUCGGUGACAAAGUCAUGGUUCGUGACUAUCGUGGAAGUAAAGUUUCGUGGAUACAAGGGAUCAUUGUGCGAAAACUGGGGCCUGUUACUUAUCGUGUGAAUAUUUAUGGUAUGUUGUGGAAACGACAUAUUGAUCAGAUUCGUGAAUGUGGUAUGUGUGAGUUAGGCAGUCCGGAAUCCGUGAAACCAAAUCCUUUUAACAGCAUUGUGCCUGUUAAUGCACCAUUAGAGAGCCAAGGUGAACAAUUAGAUACUCCUUCUAUCGCUGAUGUACCGUCAUGCCAGGAUUCUGUGUCCAAUAAUCCGAUUGUAGAGGACAAUUCCAAACGUUCCGUUGUCAAUGCGCGAAAUUCGGACAAUAAUUCAGUACAACCGCGAUAUCCACGUCGUCAACAUCGCAAGCCUGAAAGACUUAUUGAAAAGUGUUAA